AUGUCCCAAAAACACCUGAAAGAAGCCUUUAUCAGCAACCUGAACGGAACUAGUUUGCUGGAAAUUUCUGUAGGCUUGUCCCUAGCUCCGCUGUGCCUGCUUGGCAGAGGGCUGCUCCUGGUUCUGUGGUACCUGCACUAUGGGAAACCUGUGGGGUCAAGGACAUACAGCCUGCUGCUGGACUUCCUCGUGCUAGUAUCUCCCCUCCUGUUCUCCUGCACGGUCUUGUCUCCAAUCAUCUAUUUCAUACCGCUCAUCCUUGCUGCCUUCUGCGCCGGAAUAUUUGCCAGAGUCUGCAGCCAAAGAAAACAGAAGACCGGAGUGCCUUUUGGGCAAAUUGUAAAAGAAUUCCAGAAGACAUACUUGGAUCCCGAAUACAUUCCAGCGAUCACUGUGUUCCGUGUCUAUGUCAAUGUGCUGACAUCCAUCAGCAUCCUAGCAGUGGAUUUCCCGCAGUAUCCACGGCGAUACGCCAAAGCCGAGACCUACGGCACGGGAGUGAUGGAUUUGGGGGUUGGAGCUUUUAUCUUUGGGAAUGCUCUCGUUUGUCCUGAAGUUCGACACAAGUCUCGUGUGGCACAGCCCAAAUUCUCCCAUCUGGUCAGGCAGGUCUUUUCUGUUUGGCCACUGGUUUCCCUUGGUGUGGGACGACUGCUCAGUGUGAAGUCUAUAGAGUAUCACGAACAUACGUCCGAGUAUGGAGUGCACUGGAAUUUCUUCUUUACCUUGGCAUUUGUGAGACUUGCAGCAUCUCUGCUUCUAGCCAUAUUCCCAAAAAAGAAUUCUUGGAUGGUGGGUCUAACUCUGGCUGUGCUUUACCAGCUUAUUCUGAGCUCUACCUCUCUGAAGACCUUCAUCCUGCACGGCAGCAGCGGCAGAGGCAGCAGGGUUGGCUUUCUCGACGCCAACCGGGAAGGCCUGUUCUCCCUUUUUGGCUACCUGGCCAUAUACAUGGCUAGUGUCCAGGUGGGAGUGUGGCUGCUGGAGCGCAGGAGCUCGGUGCGGGGCUGGGUUGAAGCAGUGUGGGCUUUGCUGCUGACAGUUGUGGUGCUCUUUGCGUUCCUGCACGUGUCGCAGGCGUGCGCAGACCCCGUGUCGCGCCGCAUGGCCAAUCUGUCCUUCUGCAUCUGGGUGAUGGCUCACUGCCUCCUGCUGCUUCUCUUUUUCGUGGCCACUGACCUUGUGCUGGUGUUCACAAAGCUGCUGGUGAAGGGCUCCAGCGUGCCCAGCUGCUGGAAUGUUGUGAAGCUCCCUCAUGCCAGUGCAAAGCAUGGAGCAGAGGCUGUGUCAGAGGGAAGGGAAGAUGAGGUGUCACACGUUUGCCUCAUUAGUGCUAUUAACAAAAAUCAGCUGCUGUUUUUCUUGCUGGCAAAUGUGAUGACUGGUGCUGUGAACCUCCUGAUAGACACACUGCACAGCAAGGCUUUCUCUACGCUGUGCAUACUGCACUUGUACAUGUUUUUUAACUGCUUAGUUAUGUAUAUAUUGCAUGCCAAGAACAGAGUAUUAAAGUUUUGGUAA